AUGAGGUUCUCUACUAUCACAUCGCUCUUCCUCGCCAACGCCGGCCUUUUAGCCGCUGCCCCAAGCCCAACUCUCUCCAAGGCCACAGCCAUUCAGUCAACAAAAGGCGACAACGGCAUCACCACACCCCUUCCCAUCCAGCCCGGCAUGGUUGACAACUGUGACCGCUUCCACUUCGUCCAGGAGAACGAAGGCUGCCCCUCAAUUGCCCGAAGCUAUGGCAUCACCUUUGAGCAGUUCAAAGAGUGGAACCCCACUGUCGGCGAUCAAUGCUAUUACCUCUGGGCUGACGCCAACGUGUGUGUCCGCACAAUUGGAUACAAGUAUCCCGUCUCGGUUGCUUGCUUUGGUAGCCGUGAUGUUAUCCCUUGGGGCAAGGAUAAGACCGAUGCGCUUGCUGCUGCGCAUGAUUGGUGCUACAACGGAAACGGUGCUAGCACGUAUGAUAUAUACGAGACCAGGACUGGAUGCAUCAACGCGCCUUCUGGAAAUGGCAAGUUUGUGUUCAAGAUGGGAACUGAUCACGGAAAGAAGGUUGGCCUCACCGGUGGUCGAUGCCAGCAGUUCCUCAGUCUCGGCAUCAAUGGCUGUCCCGAGGAGGGAGCUCAGGUACGAACUGAGAGCUGGGAGAUCGAGACUACCUUCGUGACUGGAGAGUGCGAGUCCUAA